CGUGUAUCUAUUCUAUUAAUCAAAACCCUCAAGCCAAGGAUACCCUAAAAUGUUGUUGGUGUAGAGAAGUUUGAGAGGAAAAGUAUGUUUGAACAGCUUUUAUUAUUUUUCGGCUCAAUUGAUGUUAGGUUGCAAGCUGGAGAUGUGAUUUUGAUACUGCUAGAACAAGGGAUUCCAGUACUGUUAAAACACGUAUCCCGAAGAUUCUCAUCAAAGAAAAGAACCCGAAGAAUUGAAGUAGAAUUAGAAGACAAGAUCAGUGCUCUGCCCGACGAGUUGCUCGUGCAGAUAUUGUCUCUUGUUCCGACAAAAGAUGCAGUAGCCACCAUGAUCUUAUCAAAACGAUGGAGGUACAUUUGGACGAUGGUGCCAAAGCUUGACUAUAAUAUGAAUGACGGUAUUCACAAAGUAGGUUUCCUUGACUUUUUGUUUGGGAAAAGUUAUCAACGGUGGUUUUUACGGUUUAUUGAUGAGUCGUUACUAGUCCACAAGGCACCUGUAUUAGAAAAACUAGCUAUUGAACUCGGUGGGAAAUGCCCUGUUGAUGUAAAUGUGGACGUUGGAAAGUGGAUUGAAAAAGCGGUUGUUAGUAAGGUGCGUGAGAUAGAGUUAGUGCUUAUGUGGUCUGCCGAGCAUACUAGCUUGCCUAAGAGCCUUUACACAUGCAAUACACUCGCCUCUUUAAGUCUUUUCGGAAAGAUUAUCGUGGAUGUUCCUUCUCUGGCUUGCCUCCCAUCCCUGGAAGAGCUUGAACUUAACUCUGUGGUAUACAAAGAUGAAGAUUCUCUUGCUCGGCUUUUAUCAAGUUGUCCUAAUCUCAAAUAUUUGGAUGUGGAACGACAUCCCCAAGACAACGUGAAAAUUUUCAAUAUAAAAGCCCCAUUAUUAGAAAACUUAUACUAUUUGUAUGUGGAGUUAAGAUCACACGACGAAGGCACUGGUGGGGGGACUUUGGCUAUAGAUUCUCCGGCAUUAAAUGAAAUCUUCAUCGCUGAUUACUCGGGAGACUCUUGCUCCAUUGAGAACAAACCUCGCCUUGACAAGGCAUUUAUCAGCGGUUCUUGUUACCCUGAUGACAAGUUUAUGACAUGUCUUUCUUCAGUCAGAUACCUCGAGUUAGUUUUGAACUUUGCGACGUUUGUGUGGUUUAACACUAUUAACUUCUCACAGCUUCUGGAAUGUAAGAUAAGACUUGUACACGAGUUAGACUGGUUAGAACCGCUAAUGUUUUUACUUCAAAAUUCUCCUAAUCUAAAAGUUCUUUCCAUCGACAAGACAUUCAUUCGAUAUGUGGAGGAGUCGCCACUUUCAUGGAACCAACCGAGUUCUGUUCCCGAAUGUUUGUCAAGCCAUCUAGAGAUCUUUGAAUGGAAUGAAUAUGGAGGAAGAAACGAAGAGAAAGAAUUGGUAAAAUACAUCUUUGCCAACUCUAACUGCUUACAGAGAGCUAGAUUCUCCUUGAAAUCAACCGGCAAAAAGAAUAAGAAGAAGAUGAUGGAAGAGUUGGGAUCUAUGUCUAGGAUUUCGACAUCAUCCCAGCUUCUCUUCUCCACUGAACUGGAAUAUGUGAGCGUUAUAUAUGAAACCUGUUCGGGAUUUGGUCCGAUAUUUCGAAUUUUUUCCGGAUAUUUUGGUUUAGAGGUAUAGAAUCCGUUCGGGUA